AUGCAGUUCUCCAUUGCCACUAUUGUUCUCGCCAUCUCCACCCUUGCUGUGGCUCUCCCUGCUGAAAGUGGUCUCAAGGGCCAGGGUGACAAUGUCAAGUGGAAGGUUCCCAAGGGCUUGACUGUCUCUGAGGCCCAGUCCAAGUGUGGUGAUCAGGCUCAGCUGUCUUGCUGCAACAAGGCCACCUAUGCCGGUGAUACCACCGAUGUCAACUCUGGUCUCGGUGGUGGUCUUCUCUCCAACCUGAUCGGCUCCGGCUCAGGUGCUGAGGGUGUUGGUCUGUUCGAGCAAUGCUCCAAGCUCGAUGCUCAGGUCCCCAUUAUCGGCAUUCCCAUCCAGGAUCUUCUCGAGCAAAACUGCAAGCAGAACAUUGCUUGCUGUGCCAACUCUCCUUCUACUGCAAGCAACGACCUUAUUGGCGCCGGUCUCCCCUGUGUUGCCCUCGGCUCCAUUCUGUAA